AUGUGGCAGGUGGUGGUAGGUGCCACCCAGCUGACCCACCUGGGACCUGAGGCCCAGGUGCGCAACAUCAAGCAGCUGCUGGUUCACCAGCACUUCAAUAAUAUCACGUGGAGAAACGACAUUGCCUUGCUGGAACUGGAGCAGCCUGUCCAGUGCAACAGCUACGUACAGCUUGCCUGCGUGCCCGAUGCCUCGCUGAGAGUCUCGGAGCUGACAGAGUGCUACGUCAGUGGCUGGGGUGCCAGGACUGCAAGAGCUGGAGGAUCGGCGUAUGUGCUGCAGGAGGCCCAGGUGCACCUCAUUGAUGCCGGGGUCUGUAACAGCAGCGGCUGGUACAGAGGGGCCAUCCACACCCACAACAUCUGUGCUGGCUAUCCGCAGGGUGGCAUCGACACCUGCCAGGGGGACAGCGGUGGGCCUCUUGUGUGCCAAGACAAGAGCGCUGACUACUUCUGGCUUGUUGGCCUGACCAGCUGGGGGAUGGGCUGUGCGAGAGCAAAGAAGCCCGGAGUCUACACCUCCACCCAGCACUUCUACAACUGGAUCCUGGAACAGAUGGGCCUGCACACAACAGUAGCGACUACUGCAAGGCCGCAGCCAGCCUUCACCUCCACCCCCGUUCACAGGCCAACACCAACAGAAGCAGGAAGGUUUACAUCCUGCCCACUUCCAGUGCAGAAGCUGUGGGAUUUCCUUUCUUGGCUGCAGAAGUUGGUGCAGUUCCUAAUAGGAGAAAAGGUUUGAUCAGCAGGACGGAGAGGAUCCAGGGCUGGCUGCAGCGCACCACCACCAUUUCCCGCUGGGGCAAUGCCUGCUGAUGCAAAGGCAGCCUCAGUGUCAAAGGCCUGCUCUGUCCUGCCCGCGCUCCUCUCAAUGGAAGAGCUCAGCUGGCUGAGUCCCUGCAAUAAAGUGUUUCAGUUCUGUGGCUAACCAGGCGCCAGUCCUCUUCAGUCUCGUGUGCAAGGCCAGGACUUCCACGCCCGGCACCUGCCGGAGGAAGCAGGCUGCAGGCAGACAAGUCGGGCACAAAGGGUCACAGCAAAGGGCUGAAGCUCUGCCUGCUCAGCAAGAAGGAUGAGGGUGCAGUGGAACAAGGGAAGGCAGGUCAUUGCGGGGCUCAGGGCCUUGGGGAUGGCAGCUGGAAGCACAGACUGCCUUAGGCCCGCUCCUGGUGGGAUCCCUGUGUGCAUCUGUAUGAGGCGCAAGCGAACUUGAACGUGGACUCUCAGGGCCCAGGAAACACAGAUCUAGAAAGACCCAAGGCUUGCACCAGGCACUGGUGAGGGAGCCUUGGCUUUGAGCCCCACA